AUGGCUCAAAUGAUCCGAAACUCUGCCUUGAGCGCAUUGAUCCGCAUAUGUCUUCACGGACAUUACUGGCCUCAUCAUCCCGGCGAUCUUGAAAAGGCUGGAAGCAGCUCGGUCAGGGCGACGGGCCAGGCUGAUGAGAACGAGAAAUCGGUGCACCUUGUUGGUUGGGACGGCCCGGACGACGUCGAAAAUCCACUCAACUUCUCCGGCGUGAAGAAGGGUGUGAUCACGGCACUGACUUGUGUCUACACAUGGGCAAUCUAUGUCGGCUCUUCGAUCUACACAUCCAGUCAGCCUGGCAUCGAGCAUCACUUUGGCGUGGACAAUUUCCAAUCGUCCUUCGGUCUCGCCAUCUACGUCCUGGCAUACGGUCUGGGGGGUCUCUUGUUCUCGCCGCUCUCCGAGGUGCCAUCGAUCGGACGCAAUCCCCCUUAUGCCAUCUCCGGGGCCCUCUUUGUCGUCUUGUGCGUCCCAACGUCGCUUGUUGACAAUUAUGCGGGGCUCAUGGUCCUCCGAUUCCUGUUAGGCUUCAUGGGAUCCCCUUGCCUGGCCACCGCUGGGGCAACGCUUGGCGAUAUCUGGGGCCCGGCUCGAUUCCCAUACUUCAUCGGGCUGUGGGCGUGCACGACGGCCUUGGGACCAGCCUUGGGACCGAUGUUGUCGUCCUUUGCUGUCGAGUCUCUGGGUUGGAGAUUCUCCAGUUGGGAGCUCCUCAUCAUUUCGGGCUCCGUCUUCGUCGUCUUUGUCGCCUUGGUUCCGGAGACGGCGGCACCAACCAUCCUGUAUUACCGGGCGAAGCGACUCAGGGAGUUGACAGGGGAUCAAAGUUACAUGUCAGAGGAAGAGAUCAAACAAGCCAAGCUCACGGCUGGUCAGCGGCUGUGGGGUUCAAUCAUCAAGCCUUGGGAAGUCAACGUCAAAGACCCGGCUCUGUUGUUCAUGACCUUGUACAUGGGUUUGAUCUAUGCAAUUGUCUACUCUUUCUUCGAGUCACUGCCCCUUGUCUAUCCGCCAAUUUACGGGUUCUCGCCAACUUCCACGUCCCUCAUCUGGCUAGCAGUCGUUCCUGCCGGGGCGAUCGGCUUCCCACUCCACUGCUUCUGGCUGUCCAAACGUGUCGAACCCAAAAUCCGGGACCAAACGUUCGGCGAUCUGGAGAAUUUUCUCGAAACCGGCGUCGCCGCCAGCCUUUUGAUGCCAGCAUCUUUGUUCAUGUUUGCUAGACCCUCUAUCCACUGGAUGGUUCCCACCGUUGCCAUCUUCCUCUACAUGGUCGCGCAGUAUUUUCUGACCAACUCGGUCUUUUUGUACAUUCCGGCCAUCUAUCCGCGCUAUGCAGCGAGCAUCUUUGCAGCCAACAGCGUGGCGAGGGCCCUUUUGGCGUUCGUCGCGGUGCUGGUGGGACGACCGAUGUUCAAGGGUAUUGGUAUCGAUGGGGGUGUGAGCUUGUUGGGAGGCCUUACAGCGGUUUGCGCUGCCCUGUUGGCGGGGCUGUAUUGGAGCUGGGGGAAGAGAUUGAGGGCGAGAAGUCGGUUUGCUGCUUGA